UCGGUUGCUGCCGAGAGGAAAAUCUGGGCUAUAGCAUCUCUGAAACGCAAUUAAAUCUAUCCAUCAUGACCUCUCCGAUUAAGAAUUCCUUGAGAAUGGCUGUUCUUUUGGUUUUUGUGAUCUCUUGCCAAGCUUCGCUUGAAAGGGAAAACAGUGAAGUGAACAACUUGUCAAAUCAUAAGCUAAGUGGCGUUAUUCAAUGGAAGUAUGAAAAGCGACCUUUUUGCAACGCCUUUACUGGGUGUGGCCGUAAGCGAACUUCCUAUCCGUCAUAUCCACCUUUUUCGCUGAUAAAGCGUAACGAGAUCGAGGAAAAGCCCUAUAAUAAUGAGUAUUUAUCCGAGGGCUUAAGCGAUUUGAUCGAUAUUAAUGCCGAGCCAGCUGUGGAAAAUGUGCAGAAGCAGAUUAUGUCGCAGGCCAAAAUAUUCGAGGCAAUCAAGGAGGCCAGCAAGGAGAUUUUCAGGCAAAAAAACAAGCAAAAGUUGCUGGAAAAUGGACAAAAAUUGCAACUGCAAGAGGAAAGGGAGAAUAUUUAAGACAAACCAUUAAACAGACACGUAAAACUGGACUGGAUAGUUGCCGAACCGGUUUUGUUAUUGUAAAUAAUAUCUAUAGUAUAUAUGUACCUAUUAUCUGUGACCUUUUGACAUUGGCAAGCAUUCAAUAAAGAUUCGUUGACUUCACUUCUUUGUAGAUUAUUUAGCAAAAGCUCACAAACUACAAAAUCUUCUUAAUAAUAUAUUUCAAAUCAUUCAUAAAAAGUCAUGGCGUACAAGUUGUGCAAAAUGUAUGCACAUUGUGAAAUUUAUAAACAAAAAUGUCAAACAUUUACUAAACA